AUGUCGUCUGGGAAGUAUGCGCACAGACACCCGCGGCGGUCGCUUGGCUGCGCGUUUGAGGAACGCGACCUUCAUAUCCUAAACGACGGCUCCCCAACGUUUGUGCAGUCGACUCUCCUUUCGUCCUGCUUGGACCUGACUGUGGCCUCGGCCUCCAUUGCGUGGAGCUCCAGGUGGCAAGUCGAUGCUGACACGAUGGGCAGCGAUCACCUGCCUGUCCUGGUCAACAUUCAGCACUCUAGAACGGAGCGGCGCUCCGCACGCGUUGCGCGGAUACCGGAAAAGUUCACUGCCGUCGAUGCGGAGUACGAGAGGCUGCGCGCGCUCCGCCACCGCGAGGAACGACGCGCCCGUCGCACUAGUCUGCCCGAACACACGUCUGAGGCGCGACGUGUACAGAAGGCUGUCCAUAGGCACCUGGUCAAACUGGCACGUACCCACUGGCGGAACUUUGCGACUUCACUGUCGCCGCGCACGCCGCUGUCUCGGCUGUGGUCGGUGCUCAAAGGGCUCCAUGUGCCCGUCUCUCAGCGCCAGCCAUUUCGAUCGCUUUCGCUUGCCUCCGGGCGUCAGGAACUCGAAAUAGCGGAGGAGUACUGCGACCGCCUCGCCUCAGCCCCCACCAACUCACUAGCCUUGUCCAUGGACAUCCCCAUAGUUCUGGAGUCGUCGAGCGAACCUCUCCUAGACAUUCCAUUCUCCCUUGCUGAACUUGAAUCUGCACUGGAGAAUGCACCCGUGCAUACCUCGCCAAUCGCUGAUCGUGUGUCUUACAAGGCGCUCAGAAAUUUACCGCUUUGCCCGCGCCAGUCUCUUCUGAGCAUUUUCAACGCGUCCUGGGUAGCCGGUUCCGUCCCGACAGAAUGGAAGUGUGCGAUGGUAAUCCCCAUCCUAAAGCCGGGCAAAUCACCACACAACAUCGAUUCAUUUAGGCCAAUUGCCCUUACCAGCUGCAUCGGGAAGACUUUCGAGAGAAUGGUCCAUUCGCGCCUCGCCUCUUACGUUGAAAGUACUGGCUUCUUCCCGCAGGUGAUGGCCGGAUUCAGGCAAGGUACAUCUGCCGUUGACAAUGUCAUCGCCGUCACCUCCUCCGCUCAGCAAGCCCGAUCUGAAGGACUACAUACCGCCGCUGUCUUCCUCGACGUGAUGAAGGCUUACGACAGCGUACUCCACAGUACUGUUGUGGCGACACUCCAAGAGGCUGGCGUGGAGGGCCGGAUGCUGUCGUGGAUUCAGGACUUCCUAUCGGACAGGUCUUUGUUUAUGCGCACUACGGAAGGGGACACCCAAUCCUUCCCUGUUCGCCGCGGCGUCCCGCAAGGUAGUGUGCUCAGCCCUCUUCCGUUCAACGUUGUCAUGGCCUCCAUACCAGCUCACCUCCGAGGCAACGUCAGUAUCACCAUCUACGCCGACGGCAUAUGCCUGUGGACCUCCGGCACGCGCUGUGACGGGAUUCAGCGUCGCCUGCAAGGAGCCUUUGAUGAUGUUGUCCAGUAUCUUUCCGACCGGGGACUGUCUGUUUCAUCAUCCAGGACGGUCGCCAUGGCGUUUACGCCCCGAUCAUUCCGCCAGUUCCCGCUACGGGUUGCAGGUUUGCCGGUGGAGUUCGUGCCACACCCCAAGUAUUUGGGCAUUACCAUCCACUGGGGCCUCACCUGGUCCAAACAUAUCAAAGCUCUGUCCUCCCAGCUGUCUGUCCUCGUCAAUGUGCUGCGGCGGAUCUCUGGAACGUCAUGGGACCCUACCUGCACCGACCUUAAGCUCGUCCACACCUCCCUGGUGACCGGAACCCUGAGGUACAGCCACCCAGUCCUCCACGCCGUAAGCAAAGCCAAUGAACGCGAGCUCCUCAUCAUCUGCUUGGGUGUUCCCAAAACGACAGACACAUACCAGGUCCUAGCAGAGGGCAAGGAGCCUCCAGCACACAUUCUGCGCGACCUGGAAACCCUCCGCGCCUACUCACGAUACCUUACUCGUCAUCCCGCACACCACUUGCGGGACAUCGACCAUGACUGCUCUGCGUCGGCAUUCGGUGCCGCUGUCCGGCGACUGAAGGUGUCGGUCCCAUCAACUGCGUCUACUUCGUCUUACACCCCACCAAUUUGGUCGAUGGUCACACCCACCGUGUACAUACAUAUCCCUGGCAUCACGAGCAAAAACGACCAUCCCCCGCCUGUCCUGUGGUACCUCGUGCUGGAGCACCUGGACGCCCUACACAGCCAGCCACUGCAAAUAUAUACCGACGGCUCGGUCUCCGCGGGCGUCUCCACAGCAGCACUGUUCCUCCCUUCCGAAAACAUCGAACAAGCCUUCAAGCUUCCUCACGAAACGUCGUCCACCGAAGCGGAGCUUGUAGCCAUUCACGAAGCACUGAAGCUUGUAUCCGCUGGUCCACUCGGAAGCUGGACAGUCCUCACAGACAGCAAGUCGGCGCUGGAGGCACUCUCUUCACCUCGCUCGCAAGAUGUUUCCGACAUCCGCUCACUGAUCCUGAUUGUGCACAACCUCCUCGUCACAUCCGGCCACUCCGUGUGGUUUCAGUGGGUGCCAAGCCACAUUGUCUUGCCGGGAAACACACGUGCCGACACAGCAGCGAAGCGCGCUCAUGGCGCAGCUGAGUGCAACACUGUCAUCGCGUUAUCACCAUCCGUCUGCCGCAUACACAUCCGCCGGCACCUUCCCUCCGACACCCGCCUUUUCAUGGAAAACACUGUGGCAGCCAACACCUUCCUCCACCGCAUUGACCCGAAGAUGGCCUUCAGUGUGUCGCUACGGCUGUCUCGAAAGGAAGAGUCGGCUCUCCAUCGUCUUCGCCUGAAUGUUGCCCGUACUCCAUCGCUCCUGUUCAAGAUCAAGCAGUGUCCCUCUUCGGCGUGCCCCUCCUGCUCCACCGACGCCGACACCCACCAUUUACUCUUGACCUGCCUAAGAUAUACCGCUCCUCGGACCGCACUCACGCACCGCCUAUCUGCCCUGGGGCACAGAGACCUCUCUUUGGCCGCCCUACUGGGUCCCGUAGGGCAGAAGCAAUGGGCUGUUACCAGAGCGCUAAUAUGCUUCCUGGGUGACUCUGGGCUCCUGGACUGCCUCUGA